GGUGCCUGCGCGGGGCAUGCCGGGAGUCGGUGAAUUCGUUGGCAGCUGCGGGUGAAGCAGAGCCGAGAACGCUGCGAGAGGAACCUGUGAAGCGGUUCCCACCGUCUCCGGAAUCCGGCUCUGCCCUGGAUUUCAGUUUGUGGAAAUGAGCAGUCGUAAAUCAAAGAGUAGCAACUUAAUACAAGCAGACUACGUUUCACAGGUACAAAGAAUUUUACGUGAAAGAUUUUGUCAUCAGAGUCCACAUGGUAACCUGUUUGGAGUACAAGUACAAUAUAAACACUUAAUAGAGCUGCUAAAAAGAACUGCUAUCCAUGGAGAAAGUAACUCUGUUCUCAUUAUUGGACCCCGAGGUUCAGGAAAGACCAUGUUAAUAAACCAUGCUUUGAAAGAACUAAUGGAAGUAGAAGGAGUGAGUGAAAACAUAUUACAAGUUCACUUAAAUGGACUGCUGCAGAUCAAUGAUAAAAUUGCCCUAAAGGAAAUCACAAGACAGUUAAAUCUGGAAAAUGUGGUUGGAGAUAAAGUUUUUGGUAGCUUUGCUGAAAACCUUUCAUUUCUUCUGGAAGCUUUAAAAAAAGGUGACCGGACUAGUAGUUGCCCUGUGAUCUUCAUAUUAGAUGAAUUUGAUCUUUUUGCUCAUCAUAAAAACCAAACACUCCUCUAUAACCUUCUUGACAUUUCUCAGUCUGCACAGACUCCAGUAGUAAUUAUUGGUCUUACAUGCAGAUUGGAUAUUUUGGAACUCUUGGAAAAAAGAGUGAAGUCACGAUUUUCCCACCGGCAGAUACACUUAAUGAAUUCAUUUAGUUUUCCACAGUACCUUAAAAUAUUUAAAGAACAAUUAUCUCUACCUUCCAUAUUUCCAGAGAAGAUUUUUGCCGGGAAAUGGAAUGAGAAUGUACAGAGUCUCUCAGAAGAUAGAAGUGUGAAAGAAGUGCUGCAGAAGCAUUUUAAUGUCAGCAAAAACCUUCGCUCAUUACACAUGCUACUGAUGCUUGCUUUAAAUCGUGUAACACCGUCACACCCAUUUAUAACUGCAGCGGAUCUGAUGGAGGCAAACCAGCUGUGUAGCAUGGACUCAAAAGGAAAUAUUGUGCACGGUCUGUCAGUCUUGGAAAUCUGUCUUAUCAUAGCAAUGAAACAUUUAAAUGAUAUCUAUGAAGAGGAGCCCUUUAAUUUUCAAAUGGUUUAUAAUGAAUUUCAGAAGUUUGUUCAAAGAAAGGCCCAUUCUGUUUAUAAUUUUGAGAAACCUGUUGUCAUGAAGGCAUUUGAACACUUACAGCAAUUAGAAUUAAUAAGGCCCAUGGAAAGAACAUCAGUAAAUGCACAGAGGGAGUAUCAGCUGAUGAAACUACUUUUGGAUAAUACACAAAUUAUGAAUGCUUUGCAGAAAUACCCCAACUGUCCUACAGAUGUUAGGCAGUGGGCGACAUCCUCCCUAAGCUGGUUAUGAGUAUAACCAUGGUUUCAGUUAUGGAGUUUCAGGCAGACUUCUCUAAAGAACUAAAAGCUGUUGUCCUUUAACAAGAUAUGUUAUUACAUUUUCUUAUAUUUAUAAAGAUGUAUUUUUGUAUUUAUGGGAGACUAUUAAACAUGUAUCAUGGCUGUGCCUUGCCUUUGAAUCAUAUGAGCAGUUACAUGAUUUUAAGUUUUAAUUCCAGUGAUAUGUUGUAAGUAACUGUUCAAAAAAUAAAUAUGACUAUCUUAGGGAUUGAAACAUAUGCUUAAUUUAACACUUGUGAAGUAUUUAUGUGGUACAUUUGAAGAGUUCACUUCAACCCAGCAGCCAGAUAUUUUUACAAACUGUAAACAAAGCAGUAAAGAAACAGUGGUUAAGAGUUGAAAUGGAAUGAGUAAUCUUUUGGUCCAUUGGGAGAUGCUGCAGUUUUUCUGUAUUCAUGAAAAUCUAAGAUUCUCUCCCAGACCAAGGUCUUUAGUUCAGGAGCCUGAUCAGUUUGGCUAGAAGAUGGUUCACAUGUAAGAAAAAACCGGAAAGUUGGAACAUUUUCUUCCAGGCUUCUUAAAAUAUGGUACUCACACCAUCUAUGGAAGAAUCUUCUGUAGGAUGUUUUCAAAUGCGAUUCUUCGGCAUGUUCUAGGAACUAGCAUUUGUCUAACAAGCACUUUAGCAAAUUCCUGUAAAGCCACUCCCACGAAUAAUAGAAAAUGUAUGACAGUGUUAUCUAAAUGUUUGUAUCAAAAAGUAGACCCCCCCCCCCGAAGGAAUGUACCUU